GCAGUUGCUGCUAAGCAACCCCUGGGCACGUUUGUUUACGUCUCUGAGAGAAAAAAAAAAGAAAAGCAAUAAAGCUGGGAUAAUUGAGCAAAUAUAAUGCAGGCUACCGAAAGCAAAGCAGGGGCAUCAGAUUGCGACCUCCUCGAGAGAAUCGUCAACAGGGGCACGCUUUCAACUCAGAGGACGACGCACCGCCACAUUCUAGUCCUUGGAGAUAAGCUGUGUAAAGGGAAGAAAAAGAAAAAAUCACACACAACCAAAGAGAGCUCUAAAGAUGAGCCACAACUGCCAGUGUUGGAAGAUGAUUCUGAUUCUGAGGACAGCACCAUCCAGAGGCUGGAGGAACAACUGCUGGCAGUCCAGGCUGAUGCUGUGGAGGAAAGGGAGUGCGCCCUGGAGCAGCAAAGACAGACUCUAAAGGCUUACUAUGAACAGAUUUUGCAGAACCGGGACCAUCUAGAAGAGGAGAGGCUGUAUCUGUUGAGUGUAAGGCUGCGUGCUGAAGCAGACGAGGUCCUCCGUCAACGCAACUUUGAACAGGAGCAGGAGCAGAGGCGGGUGGUAGAUGAAGCCUGCCGGGUCCUGACCUUACGUCUUCAGAAGGAGGCAGAAGCAGAAAGGCACCAGGCUAUCCAAAGAGCUCUGGUGGAGGCAGAGACUGGAUUUGCAGCACGACUGGAGCAGACAACGAGAAAGGUUAGACAAGAUUGUGAGAAGCAGGCCCAACGGGACAUGCAAGAGAAGGAGCGGAGGCACAAGCAACAGCUGAGGUUUCUGCAGGAAGAAAUUGCACGACUGAGACACGAGGUGAGCAGAGUAACCAGAGAGAAGAUGCGGUAUGAAAAAGAGUUUAAGGAGGUGCAAGUUAACUACAAGCGUUUCAUUGACCUCACCGACUGUGGCCUGCACUCUGAUUACUUGCUGAAGCUACGCACCUUGGGCAAACCUCCAGGGAUGGCUGACCAGGCUGUGCAGACUGAUGCCGGACAGAGGAACCUGAUCAAGGCCCCUUCGGAUCGGAUCAUUUAGGGCACUUCAGAGUUUUAUUUUAUUCAUCCAUUACUAUGGGAAUGUUUUCCGUUAUCUUGUAAUGACUGCUGUUGACACUCGGAAGAAUAAAUUCAGUGUCUCUCAGAUCUUGGCUGGAAAUAAAGGUUGUAAGGACCUCAAACUAUCCUGAAGUCCACCAAGUUACCGAAUCUUUAGAGGAGUCUAUGACUCCACAGAUACCCCAGUUGCUUUGGCCUGAACUGCACAGCCCGUUAUUGAUAUACUUUGUUAUGUGGGUUCACAUAUAAUGUGUGAAGUACCUAUUGCGAUAACCAUGUCUGUCUGUCUGUCCGCUUGAAAUGACUUGAAAUAUGUUGAGACAGUUUAAUUUUCUUUAACUGUAAAUGUUACUGGAACUGCUGCUGUGUUUCUGUAAUGUAAAUUUAAAGGUUUCUGAAACUGCUCCGGGCCUUUUUUAAACUUGUGGAAUUGAGCUGAAAAGCCUUUUUCAUUUAAUUGUCAAUGAUGUUCAGAUAUGAUGUUUAGAUCAUUGUACCCAAUGUAUGCUACAGUAACCCACCCUUUCCUUUUGGCCACUUGUCUUUGACAAGUUACAUGUUUCGUCUAGGGUUACAUGAUGUCCAGUUUAACACUGUGUACCUUGGGACACACAACCUGCCUAUCAUUUGAAAAUAUGUAGACAUGUGGACAGGGUAAAAAAAACAUUCUUGUAAUGUAUUAGAUGAAGUUUUUCUUAUUUUGAAUGCUUUGGGUGUGACUAGUAUGUUCUAUUGUUAGUCUGCUGUAUAAAGAUAUGCAUGUGUUGGUUUACAUGGCAGUCUGCACUGUGAGGUAAUCAAAGAUGAAGAAGUACCUCUUCUUCAUCAAUUGCUAAAAGCAGGUACUAUAAUUUUAUCAUAUUUUUAAAUGUUAUGGUGUCCAGGACAUAACAGUUUCAGCCCUUGCUAAUCAAACAAAAUGUAGAGAAUGUCUAAAUUUAGAUUUUGGUUUACUAUACUUCUCAGAUACUGACAUACAGCAGCCAUACUACAUGCACUUCAGAAGGGGUCAUCCACCUAAAGCUAAGCAUGUCUGAGCCCAGUCAGUACUUGGAUGGGAGACCAUCUUGGAAAAGCUUGGGUUGCUGCUGGAAGAGGUGCUGGUGAGCCAGCAGGGAGUGCUUACCCUGCAGUCCGAGUGUGGAUCCCAAUGCCUCAGUGUAAUGAUAGGGUCACUGUGCUGUAAAAAUGGUGCCAUUUUUAAAUGUAAAACCGAGGUUCUGACUCUCUGUGGUCAUAAAAGAUCACUGGACAUCCUUCAGAGAGAACAGAGUGUAUCCCGAUGUCCUGACUAAAUUGCCCUUAAUGGCCUAGUCAUUCUGGCCCCUAAUCAUCCCGUCUUUAACUGUCCAUCUCACUCUCACUACCUAAUGUAUGGUGAGUGUACUGGCACAAAAAUAGCUGCUGCUGCAUGAUCCAGGUGGAUGCUACACAUUGCUGCUGGUUAAAGUGGCUCCCUUCUCACUAAAAAGUGCUUAGAGUAAUGAGAAAAACACUUCAGAAAAGAACAGAAUUAUUACUUUUAUUAUACUAGUGUAGUGAACAGUGCUAAUGGAGCUUCACAAGUUCAGAGAGCUUGGAUCAGUUUAUAAUAUACUAGCAAAAUACCCGCGCUUCACAGCGGCGAAGUACUGCUUUAAAAUUUGUAUUAAGAAGAAAAGUAAACCUUUUUAAACUGAGGGAAAAUAUGCCAAUAAUUAUUUGUUAAGGAUCUCUUUGUAAACCACGUUGUCAGUUCGGCCCUCCGGUUGUAAUAUGACCAAGCUGUGCACUGAGCUUACUCUUGAGCAUGCAACGUAUAGUUGGGCAUGUGAAAAGCAAUCUUGCCU